AGCCGCAGUCUCCUCCCUCCCUCUCUCUCUCGAUCCAUCCUCGCAUCACCAAGCCGAAAGAGGAGCCGCAUCCCCCCGCGCUCCUUGACUCACCCCCUCCCUUCCGCCUCCUCCUCUCCAUCCAGCGCCAUGGACGUAAAAGGCUGCCUCUGAACGGCUCCGGCGUCAAGCUCAGCGAGUCUCAAGACGGGGGCCACAAUGAGCGAAGAACCACCGGCCACUCCCAGCUGGCUGAGCCCCGGCCCCACGGCGUGGGCCAGCGGCGGCGGGGUGCCAACGGACAACGUGAGCGUCCCGGCGACGUUCCCCGCCGAGGAGUCCCUGGCGCCCCGCCAGCUGCCCCUGCUCAUCAACCCGUGGGACGUGGUCCUGUGCACGUCGGGGACUCUGAUCGCCUGCGAGAACGCUCUGGUGGUCCUGGUGAUCUGGCAGAACCCGGCGCUGCGGGCACCCAUGUUCCUGCUCAUCGGCAGUCUGGCUUUGGCGGACCUGCUGGCUGGCUUAGGCCUGGUAUUGCACUUCACCUGCGCCUACCUGCUCCAGUCGGACUCAGCCCAGCUUCUCACCGUGGGCCUGGUGGUGGCCUCCUUCUCGGCGUCCGUCUUCAGCCUGCUGGCCAUCACGAUCGACCGCUACCUGUCGCUCUACUACGCCCUAACCUACAACUCCGAGCGUACCGCCGCCUUCACGUACACCAUGCUGGUCCUCCUGUGGGGGCUCUCGCUGUGCUUGGGUCUGCUUCCCGUCACAGGGGUCAACUGUCUGGCCGAGGAGGCCACGUGCAGCGUGGUGCGCCCGCUGACCAAGAACAACAUCGCCGUGCUCUCCGUUUCCUUCCUGCUCCUGUUCGGCCUCAUGCUGCAGCUCUAUGUGCAGAUCUGCAAGAUUGUCAUGCGCCACGCCCACCAGAUCGCCCUGCAGCACCACUUCCUGACUGCCUCGCCGCAUUACGUCACCACGCGCAAGGGCGUCUCCACGUUGGCCAUCAUCCUGGGGACCUUCGCCGCCUGCUGGAUGCCCUUCACCGUCUACUCUCUCAUCGCCGACUACACGUACCCGCCGCUGUACACCUACGCCACGCUGGUCCCCGCCACCUACAACUCGGUCAUCAACCCGGUCAUCUACGCCUUCCGGAACCAAGAGAUCCAGAAGGCGCUCUGGUUGGUGUGCUGCGGAUGUAUUCCCGCCAGCGUGGCGCAGCGGGCGCGGACUCCCAGCGACGUCUGACCCGGUGAACGGAGCGUUUGGCUUUUCGGAGCGAGAGGGUGGAGGCGGGGUGCCCCUUGGUUGCUUCUCACCGAGGGAAGGACUGUGGCCCUAGGUGGGAUUUGAGGAAGGGGCGACCUUGUGUUGGUUGACACAAAUGGGUGAAUCGACCUGGGAUCUGUUUUGGGGGGCGGGUCACCUUAUGGAUUUUAACUCAUUCAGUACCAGCCAAGUCUGAAAAGACGUUUAAAAACGUCUUUGGGAGUGAAUGAGUUAAGAGGGUCCCUAGGUUGGAGCGAUCUGACUUGGGUGGGACGUUGCUUUUGUGAGCUUUGAGAGAGGGUGGCGCUCCUGUGUUGAAACCAAUUUACUGGCCAGUUUGAAGAGAGAGGAUCGCCCCUUGGCUCGCUCACCUUGGUGGGUCUUGAUCAGGGUUGGUUGACAGGAACGGGUGAACCGAUCUUGAGAAUGCGGUGCCUGUGGACUUGGGUUGUUUCACCUGGUCGGGGGUUUGCAGAGAUCGGGUCACCCCUGGGUUGGUUUGACGCAGAUGUGACAACUGACCUGGAAGAAGCAGGCGCCUCUGGUUUUGCCCACCGAGUGGAUUUCAGUGAAGGGGAGGGGGGGGGGAAGGCACCCAUGGGUUGGAGCUAACUGAUCUGACUGGAUUUUAAGACAGAAGGUUGGUCUACGAGAGGGGCGGCAGAGAGGUGGUGCCCCGAGGUUGGAACAAACAGACCUGGGUGGGUUUGGAAAGAAGGUGUCAUCCUGCGGUUGGUUCAUCAGGGAGGGGUUUGAGGAGACCUGGAUGGGUUUCGAGAAAGGGUGGCGCGCCUGGAUCACAAAGAGGGGCAGCGUGGGAGUUCAUGAUUUCUUGACAUCACGAGUUUUUAAAUUUUUUUACCUCUGUCUUCCUCACUUGAGGCAGCCAUGUUGCAUGCUGCCCACUCACCCAGUCUCUCCCUCGUGCACCCUCUCUCCGGUGCCCCGCCCUUGCCCCACUCUGCAAAAGGGCGCCCAUCACAUGCUCCCCGCAGUUUGGGCCGCCACGUGCUCGUCCUUCGGGAUUAUUGGUCGUUCUAAAGGCAGAUUAAAAAAAAACAGGCGCAUGACGACAAGCACGCAGGCCUAUUUUUUUUUUGUUAUCCCCCCCAACCCCCCCUCACAGCAGUAAGUCUGAGGCAGCAUCCAUCCCCGCCCGCCGCCUGCCCCGAACGUGCGUGGCAAGCUAAAGAGGCACGGCAAGCUAAAAAUAGACACCGGCUUCUCUUGUGGAAAUAAGGAGGCCUCGCUAUGCUUAAUGUCUUUCUCUGGAUUCUUACGUGUGAAUGUUUGACACCACCAUAACGAACCGCCCCCCCCACCCCCCCCAAAAUCUCUUCCCCACUCAUGUGAGACCCCCUAUUUGUUCUAUCACUGGGGGCUGCAGUGAGUGUAGCAUCCAUUCACACCUCUCUUUUAUUGACUUGAUUUUUUGAAUGUUGACGCAGUUUAAGGUUCCGAUACGCCUUGCAAGAGAAUUGCAUCAUUUUGUUACCGGGAUGCCAGCCAAUCAACUUCAUGGAAUGACAAAAUGAUGACUCCAUUUUAAGACGCAGAGAAUGAUCUGACCUAAUUAUGGGGCACUUAUUGAAAUAAAAAAAAAAAAAAAAAAAUCGUACAUUUUUUCAAAUAUUGGAUUCCAAAUUAUUUUUGCACAUUCCAUACAUUUUACAUAUCAUUAUAAUAUCGUAACUGCUGACCAGUGAAAAUCAUGUAUCAGCCACUUACAUGAAUUGUACAUUUUUUAACGUCAAUUUAUUUAUUUGUUUUUGUGUUUGUUUCUAUUAUUAAUUUUUCUGGUGCCAAAUGCGUUUCCGUUUAAUUCUUAAUGAAAGAGAAUAUGUUUAAAUACAUGAAAUUCAUCAUUUAUUUUGUACGUAUAU